AUGAGGAGCGGGCGCGGCGGCCGGCGGUGCCUGGGCGGGGAGCCGGGUGCUUGCGCCAUGAACCCCGAGCUGGCGAUGGAGCCGCUGGGCAGCCUGCACGGGGCGGCGGGGCACGAACCGGAGCUGAUGGGCAGCCCCAGCCCCCACCACGGCGGGCGCGGCGCGGGGCCGCUCCGGGUGCCGCCCCCCCCCCCCGCCGCCGCCACCGCCGCCGCCGCCGCCGCCGCCGCACCAGGAGCUGCCCCCGCCGCCCGGCCCGCCAUGGUGCCCAGCAUGGCCUCGCUGCUGGACGGCGCCGCCGAGUACCGGCCCGAGCUCUCCAUCCCGCUGCACCACGCCAUGAGCGUGCCCUGCGAGGCCUCGCCCCCCGGCAUGGGCAUGAGCGGCACCUACACCACGCUGACGCCGCUCCAGCCCCUGCCGCCGAUCUCUGCCGUCUCCGACAAGUUCCACCACCCGCACGCCCACCCGCACGCCCACCACCACCAUCACCACCACCAGCGCCUGCCGGGCAGCGCCGGCGGUGGCUUCGCGCUCAUGCGGGACGAGCGCGGGCUGCCGGCCGUCAACAGCCUCUACGGGCCCUACAAGGAGGUGCCGGCCGUGGGGCAGAGCCUCUCGCCGCUGGGCAACGGGCUGGGCCCGCUCCCCGGCGCCCAGCAGGGCCUCCACGGCUACGGGCCGCCCGGCCACGACAAGAUGCUGAGCCCCAACUUCGAGGCGCACGCGGCGAUGCUGGCGCGGGGGGAGCAGCACCUGCCCCGGGGGCUGGGGACACCCCCGGCCAUGCUGCCGCCCCUGAACGGCGCCCACCACUCCGCGCCCCCCGGGCCGCCGCCGCCGCACGGCCCCGCGCUGCCCGCCGGCCGGGAGCGGCCGCCCCCCGCCGCCGGCCCGCAGGGGAGCGGCGCGGGUCAGCUGGAGGAGAUCAACACCAAGGAGGUGGCACAAAGGAUCACGGCGGAGCUGAAGCGCUACAGCAUCCCGCAGGCCAUCUUCGCCCAACGAGUGCUGUGCCGCUCCCAGGGGACCCUCUCGGACUUGCUGCGGAACCCCAAGCCUUGGAGUAAACUGAAGUCCGGCCGGGAGACGUUCCGCAGGAUGUGGAAGUGGCUGCAGGAGCCGGAGUUCCAGAGGAUGUCUGCCCUGCGGCUGGCAGCCUGCAAACGCAAAGAGCAAGAGCCCAACAAAGAGCGGAACAACUCCCAGAAGAAAUCCCGCCUGGUUUUCACGGACCUCCAGCGCCGAACGCUUUUCGCCAUCUUCAAGGAGAACAAGCGUCCCUCCAAAGAAAUGCAGAUCACCAUCUCCCAGCAGCUGGGCCUGGAGCUCACCACCGUCAGCAACUUCUUCAUGAACGCCCGCCGGCGCAGCCUGGAGAAGUGGCAGGACGACCUGAGCUCCGGGGGCUCCUCCUCGGCCCCCAGCACCUGCACCAAGGCGUGAGGGGCGCGGCACGGCCGGCACAGCGCAGAGAGAGCGGCCUCGCAGCAGGGUCCCUCGCUGGUGACUUAAAGCACAAUCCCCCCGCAACCAACCCCAGCCCAGCUGUUCCCGAGGACAUUCCUACGGCUUCUCGUCAGUCUUAGCAGGCGCAGGCUCCACUUUAACCUCUCUCCACACAAUACUAUGCUCAGGACAGGCGAAGCAGGUCUGAAACGUAGGGGAGUCGUUCUUGAGGCAGGUUUCUCCUGAGCCCCAGGUUUCCGUGGCCGGCGGGAGCCGCUGCCAGCCCGGCAGCCUCCCGUGCCCAGCGCCUGCCGUGUGCUGGCCACACCACCCUGCGGCCACAUGACAACGGAGCACAAAGUCAGAUACUAAAAACCCAAGACCCUGUUUUUAAACUCAGGCAUGGUUUUGUUAAGUGUUUUAGGGGAAAAAAAAAUCAGAUUUAGGGUUUUUUUGGUUGGUUUUUUAGUUUGAUUGAAUCAGCUUGUUCUUGGAUCAGAAAAAUUCAGUUUUCUUGAGCUCAAAGUAUCAAGCACAAAGCCGGUAGCUACAGCCAUGGUCCGGCCCUGGGCUGCCCAGGGCAGCUGUGCCAGCUGCAGCCUGACAUCCCGGGAACACCACGGAGAUGGCACGAGCCUCAAGCACAGCUGGCAGUUCCUCACAAGCUCUGUGUUUGUACCUAAUGCACACUCAAGAGGUCGAUGGAACUGCUACAGUUCAUGGAGCAACACAAUGUUUUGGAAGAUCCAGAUUUAUUUACAUUAUUACAUCCUUUUUAGUUUCCAGGAAUCUGGUUUCUCCUCGGCAACAGCUGUGUUACCGAAACCUUUUUAGUGUUCAAUGUAUUUUUGUUCAUUUUUUCAAUAUUUUAUGGUACUUUCAAGCAGGAAAAGAAACAGAAACAAGCCCUUCAGAUACCAUGGACCGUUUCAGAUGUGCCGCGUUUAGCUCUAUUGCAUCCCUAAGUUCCUUUUCCCUGCCAGCUCCCCGAGCUGGCAGGAACACAGCACACCAAAGAGACAGGAUUUCUGCAAGCCAAAGAUGUUUAUAACUUGUCAUUUCUCUUUGUCAUCGCUGGUGCGGGUGGUUGGCUGGCGCUGGGGAAGCCUGGCAAGCUCCGAGCCCUCUCUCCAGCUCCGUGCAGCGGAGCCUCCCCGGCGGUGGCGGAACGGCCGCUGGCUGGUGACCGGCCCGGUGCGGCUGUGCUCCGCUAGAGACACUUGAGACUUUUUUUAUGUACUACUUAAUCGAAACCAAAGAAACAUUUUCUGCACCUACUUCUGCAACAAACUGUUCCAUUGAAAGAUAAAAUAAAAAUUUAAAAAAACCAAGGAAGCAUGUCAGGAAGCAAACGAGUACCACACUGUGUUCUACAGACAUCUUGGACAUUUUCGGAAGCAGAUCUCAAAGAAAGGGUUGAUGAGAAUGAGAACAAAGCAAAGCCAGUACGAUUGCUGCUUCAUUUGACAAGUCAUCUUAAAGUUGAAGAUUGUCUUUAAUUUGUGCCUAUGCAGUUUUUUCAAAAGAACAAGGAACAGAGCAACCAAAACCUCAACAGCUACAAUACCAAAGAUGAGGAUUCUCAUUACUUGUGUUUCAGUUCGUUUCUCCUCUUGCACGACUAAUGCACAUAGCCCCACUGGUCUCUGGACAGGUAACCACUCGUGAGUCUUUGCGCAACCAAAAGGGUGUGUUAGUUUAUGUUUUCCCUGUUUCCGCCCCACACGGCAUCUCUCCAAGAGCUGCAUGGGCUCCAAGUGCAAGAUGUUGGGAUACUACGCUGGUACGUCUCCUCCCUCCAGGAAACACUUGUGGGUUGGGUGUGACUUGUGUGUUGGUCUCCUGUGUGUCUGGAGCUGUGAACAGCCACCCUCCUGUGCGUGACAUCGGUCGAGUGACCUCCACCCUUCUUUCUCUUCCCCAGGGAUAAAACUUGCAAUAUGUGUGUUCCCAUCCCUGUCACUGUGAGUGCUGAGCAGCACCACAGCCCGGCUCCAAACCUCCACCUGAACCAAACCCAAGUAUUCAGGAGUCCGUGGGGCAGUUCAGGAGUUGCUUCUGACAUAUUAGCUUUGUAAUGUUCUUUGAUCCAGGUCAUGAUGAUCCAAAUCAUGACAUGUCCAAAUUUAUCCUCAGAGCCAGAGCGCAUCUUGCUCCUCUCUGCCUUUAAACAAGGGCUUCAUUUUAACUGCUUCACAGAACCACUGCAGUCAUUUUCCAAUGACUGCACUUAAAAUAGGAAAAAAUCCAAGAAGCCUCGUCUGCUCAGGACAGGAAAAGUUUCUGGAAAGCAAAUUCAGGAUCCUCACAGCUGAACUGACAGCAUGUGCCAGCUCUGGGAAUCAAAGCAUCCUUCGGCAGAGAUUUCCGGGCAGAUCCCAAAGAGAUUUGGAGAAUCCUUGUAGUCAGACAUGGAAUAAAGCUGCCAAAAAUGGUCCCGAUCUGGACUGAUGUGUUCUGAGGGCUCCUCACCCAAAUACCAGAUAUCUGAGUGGGGAGUUUGGAGCCAGCAGGCUGUGGAGCAGGGCCCAGCUGAGGUGGUGUGGUCAUAUUGAAGUUUCACCUUCAUUCCCACCCAAGUGUCCAUCAAAUCAGCCCCUGGUGCAUUUUGAACUUGGCAUUGCCCUCAGGGGAGGUGUCUUGUGCUGGAAGUGUCCCCCUGCAAUCUGCAGUGGCAGGGGAUGACACAGGACCAGUGAAAACCCCAGUGCUCAUUCCUCACCUCCCCUUCCUGCAGUGAUGGGGCAAGGAACUGCAUUGUAUCCCACAGGGAAUGAGCCCCAGGCAUCUCUGAGCAUGUGCUUGGCUGUGGGACACCUCACUGAAGCUCAUCUCACCUGAGGGGCACUCACCUGAGGGACAUCCAGAUAGCCACCUUCCCCAGAGGCAGAGGGGAGCUGCCCACAGCUUCUGGUGAAGCCUGGGAGCAAAGACCUGGGCUUUUUGCUCCUGCUCAGCGCUCAUCCAAUAGCCCCAACAAAGGGAGUUUAGAUCAGGUACUGAAUUACUUACAGAUUUCUCCUCAGUGAAGUUCUCUCCAAAUUGUGGAAGUGUUUGUUAUGCAACAUUACAGCCGAGUAGCAACACACAUGAGGCUUCUCUGGGCUGGGGCCUCAAAUCUAUCAACAGUCACAAGCCAUUUUCACCCAAAAAUCCUGCUGCAAUUUUUAUCCCUGCAUCUCUCAUGGCCCUGUGUGACGUCUUCCAUUUCACUGUCCACUCUCGUCGGCUUUUAUGUAGCAGCUCCCUCAGACGAGGAGCGUCGGAGCCAGAGACUGUGGUGGAGAUAUUUGUCCAUGUGGCAGAGUCUGUGCUGUGCUCUGCCCACACCACACCAAACCCAAGCAGCUGUGUUCCGUCUCUAUACCGUGUAUCGAUGAAUCUAUAGAGCUGUGUAAUGUAACUUGUUGCUUUAUUUAUUGCGCUGCGAAAGACUCGUGUGUACAGAGAGUAUCCCAGCAUCUUCCCGACCAGGAACUUGGAGUCACAACCUUGGGCACAGCCAAGAUGAAGUCAACUUUCAAGAAACCUUGGAUAUUGCUGGAUCUCCCAUGCAGGAACAAAGAAAAUGUGCUCACUGACUUCGGUUGCAAAGCUUUAUUGUGGAUUUCUCUUACCUACAGCUGAAUCCAAAGACCUGCGAAGGACUCAACCAGCAAACCUCACUCAGCCCCGCAGGAGGGAAGGGGAUCUCCUCUCCUGAAGGAAGGCACGGGAACGACACGGUAUUGCGAAGAGUGUGCUGGCUUCGGACACGGCCAAUGCUUCCCUUGCUUGUCACAAUUCCUAAGUAUUUUUAAGAUAUGGGGAAACUUUCUACUUGGCCUCCUUCCUAUUUAUUAUGGGAAAUUUUUAUUGUUUAAAUUUUUUAAGAAGGAAAAGCUUAAAAUAGUUUUAUUUUUUUCCAGACACUUGUGGGUUUUAACCCAAUAUAUUAUCUAUUGAUAAUGUAAUUUAUUUGAUUUAGUCUUAGGGCAGGUCCUGAGAUCUCUGUUCAGUCUGAAUCCCAUUAUGUUUCAGUUUAGCUUUUGAAUUUAGUGGGAGUUUUGCCUGAAUGCAGGCAGCAGGGUCAGGCUCUGAUGGUACCUAUUUGUAUCUAUUUAAUUCAGACUUUUAUGAAUUCAUUUGGGAGUAAUUUUGCUUAUUUAUCCAUAGGACUCUUGUAGCGCAUCAGGGAUGCGAAGCCUGUUAGUAAAUACACUUCAGAGUUGGUAUUGCUUUGUAGAGCAGCCAGGUUCUGUCAGACAGGGGAUGAACAACUCAUUCCAUAUAACAGAGGUCUAGUUUUAAUUCCUUCUUUAAAUUAAUUUUGAUUGUUUAAAUAUCAAAGUUUAAAUUAUUUAAGUUAAUUUCUUCCCUCCUGAUUAGAAAGCGCAACGUACCUUUAUUAUGGCACACUAAGCCUUCGUAAUAUAACUUAUUUAUUUAACUUAUUCAUCAUCACCCAGGGAUGCCCUUGUAGAGUUUUUAUUUUUUAUUUAGAAUUAUCUAUAAAGCACUACAGCUGAUUUCCUCUAAGAACAGCAGAGCGAACUUUGAGGACAAGCAAUGAAUAUUCAACCUAAAACUGUGCGUUCAGAAAAAUAGGGGGGGGAAAAAGAUACUGGGAUACUUUGCCUGAACUUUGUGGCUUCUUAAAACUUAAGCUGGAGGGAAAUUAAUCCAUGCCAAGAAAAAGAGAGAAACCCUUAAACUAGCUGCUUCCAAGAAUGAACUUCUGUGUGUGGAAAAAAAAGAAAAAGGAAAAAAAAAAACAGGAAAAAAAAAAACAAACCAGAAAAAACCUUUCUAUUUCUAGUGAGAACCAAAGAGGCUACCUCACUGACUUUUCCAUUUGUAAUUUUAAUCGUGUUGAUGAUACCAAAGAUACCAAAGAUUUCUUUCUCUGUGCGGUCUGCAUUCUGCUUGUGCUCUCUGAUAACUCCCACCGUUCUCUCCUACACCCAGAAAUGUCCAGCAGAGCCCAGAUUCCCAAAGAAACGCUUCCCUGGAAGCUGCCAGUUCUGGUGACGCCCUUUUCUGUGUUCCUUACUCCUUCCUCCCAGCCAAAACCGUCUGGAGACGUGGAGCCCGUUCCCACUCCAGGUCCCGCUGAUGGAGCGGUCGUGUGGACCUGGAGGUGACUCUGGGGUUUGUCCAUCCGCACAUUCCCUGGGGAAAGGCUCUGCAGGUGCUGCCUGGGCCUGUGUCGGGUGUGUUUGCAGCAGCAAUUAGCAUUGCUAAUUAUUAUUAUUCUCGUGCUUGAGCAGAGCCCAGGGGCUGGUGUGGGGUUCUCCUGCUCGUGCCCCCCACGCAGGCGGCCUUGCACAGAUCCAGGAGCUGCUCCCUCCUCCUCACCUUUUCUUGUUGUUUACAAUUACAGUUUUCAGAUAAAAAUCAAUUAAUUACUUUUCUCGAGUUAGCAAUGAAGCGAGGCUACAUUAAGCUCCAUUAGCAUCACGUUCCUGAGUGAUUACUUCCAAGUUGUUUGGUUGUUUGGUUGGGGAAUUAGUGGUGCCCUCUGGCACUUGGGUUUUGAGCCUGUUUUAUGCUGUUUAUAGGACUGAAGCAACACUCUGAGGAGCCGAACCCACCCCUGGGCACUGCUCACUCCCCCAAGCUCCCCUGAGCCCCAGCGCAGGCUGGGACAGCUGCUGCAGGGCCCGGGCCUUUCCCUAAGGAAUCUGCCUGAGCCAUGCCCUUGGAUUCACAGAGGUUACCAACAGCUCAACACAAACGCUCCGCUUUAAUUAAGUGUUGCCUUUUAUUUUGUAUUUCUUUGGGGGUUUAAGUCUGCGUUGGAAACGGUAGGACUUGACAAGUGUGCUUUUCUCUCUCUCUCUGUGUUCCUUCAAUACAAAGCUAUAAUAAUUCUCAGGAUGCCUUCUGGGCGGGGGGAGCCGAUUGUCCCUGUGCCCUCGGACACAGACAGUCCCCAGAGCUGGCAGGGUCCCCGCGGCCCCCCCGACUCCUGCUUCACUUGCAAAGAGUGACGUUACCACGGGACGAGUGCCUUGCUUGAACCAAAGCAACGAUUUUGCCAGUCUAGACCUCUCUGUGCUUUUUUUUAUUCUUCCUGUGAAUACCUCAGCUUCAACUGGGCCGCCGAAUUGUACCUGGUGGGCUUUUGUACUGUGGUGCUUUGCAAUGCAGCCCUGCAAAGAACAGACUCCUGAUAAUACCAAAGGCUCUCCUUCUCUUUCUCCUCCUCCUCCUCCUCCCCCCUCUCCCCGAUCUCUCUUUUCUCCAUGGUUCCAAAGCUUUAUUACGAACUGGGCAUGUUGGCAACGCAGACCGUGCAAUCCCUUACAGAAUUUUCUCAGAUAUACCUCAUAGAGAAUAGCUGUUUAGCGUAAUGUUAUUAUAGCGUAUGUAAUAAAUUAUUCACUGUUUCUUUUUGGUAACUGUGAUUUAAGAGAAAAAAAAAAAAGAAGCUUUAUACGUUUUAGGUUGUGCUUUUGUACUAGACGGAGAAGGUGCGCUUAAAAAUGUAUGUCAGUAUUUCUUCCCGUUGGGUUUUUUUUGUCAUUAUGGAUCGGGGAGAAGUUGCAGAAUGAGCCCAAAGUUUACAGUUUCAUAUUUUGCUGAAGAAACAAUCUGUGUUCAUUUGCUCUGUUGGGAAAAAAAAAAAAAAAAGAAAGAAAAAAAAAGAGAAAAAAAAAGAUUAUUUUCUACAUUUGUGCUACUUGGUCUGAAGAGCUGAUUGUCCUGUGUGACGGUGUAGUAUUAUGAUUAGCAACUGCCAAUCAGCGCUCCCAUGUUUAUGCAUGAGGCAAACCCUUAGCAGUGUGAUGCAUCGUGGUUCUUAAUGGCAACUUCUUCCUUUGGGUUUGGGACGAGGUCUUUGGGUUGAUGGUAUUUAUUUAUGCAUGGAGCCUGUUAGCUGUUCGCAGUUGUGGCGCAGUUGUGUUUGCAUUUACGCUGGGAAAUCACGCCCAGUUUCGCCCCGUGCAGCUCAGCACUGCUCAGGGCAGGUGUCCAGGUCAGCUCUGGUCUGUCCCUGUGUUAAACAGACCCAAAUUCAGUUCCAAUGAAAUUGCCAUUUGAGGAGAAGUUUGUCCAACUGGCAGCUUCUUGCAAGCAAUUUGAUUCAUUCAGUCACAUGGCAAUACACAUCCUGCUCGCUACGGAGCCAACUGUGCGUUUUUUCCCGGGAUCAGGAGUUCCUUUGGCUUUAUGGCAGGCCCUGGGCACAGCAGGGGACCGGCCGGGGUGGGUGCUCAGGGACCACCCCUCACCUCACCUGCGCUCCUGCCCGGCCCAGCCGUCCCAGCUGUUGUGCCAGCACGGGCAGGACACACGAGCUGGGGUCAGCAGCGCUCUCCCAGCCGUGUCACCUGUCCCGUGGCUGGCCUGGGUGUCCAUCUGAGCAGUCCAGCUGUGUCCCGUGCUGCUCCUGCCUGUUGGGCAGCCCCGGCUCCGGCAGCCCCUUGCCCACCCCCUGUCCCAGCGCCAGGUUUGUUAAGGUGCUUUAUCCCCCCUUUGAUUUCUCCCUCGUGUCACAAGCCGGAUUCACGCUCGAGCCCCAGCUCCCCCAGUUAAGAAUGGGUUGUGUUUUCUCUCCGGGUCCAGCUUUGGAGCCCCGAUGUCCCCCAGAUCCUGGGCCGUACUGGACAUAAAGCCAAACCAACUGCUCCGUACCCUUUACUCUGCGUGGAAGAGGUGGCUUGGGAGUCGCAGUCUUCUGAGGAGGCCUCUGAGUCCCGUCGGUAGAGUGUUGAUAUCGUCUGUCAUUAAGGGUAUAUUAGAGAUGUGCUUUCAUUAGUGCAAGGAGACGUUUUUAUUUGGCCUUACUCGGUAGGUUGUGAUAAUAAUGAAAGCUGUGUAAUAUAGUCGGGGGGUUUUUUUCCUGAUUUCUCUGCCAAAGACAGUAACAGAUACAAGAACUUUAAAUAGGGGUUUUUGUAAGACAGUUGAUGAUUGUAACAGUGGUUAAUCUUCCAGAAAGCUUUCCACGUUCUUCCGCAAUAAGCAGAGCCGGGAUGUUUCGGCAGAGCCCUGCUGGCAGAUGCCACCACUCCUCACCGACGCAGUUGUUGUAAAACCAGGCGCUGAGUACACCUGCAUUCCUCAGUCCAGAGGCAACAAGGGGUAUGUGAGGCCAUGGCAAGGGCACAGCGGGGCCGGCACGAGCUGCUCCAGCUGGCUGGAAUUUGCCAAGGUACUUGUAUUAUGAAAUUUAAGGUCUAUUUUAUUAUGUCAUUUUAUGUCAUUUUUUAACUUUGUGGAAGGUGAUAUGUUGAACUGAGUGUAAGCUGAGUUUUUCAGACAAAUAAAGUAGCUAAAGAGUGAAUGUUAUUUUAUCAUUAAAGGGUUUUUACUCACUGAUUUGUGCCAAUAGAUGUCCUUUAUCUCAAUGACAAGUAUUACAUUGCUUUCAAAGUUUUAUUUAUAGCUAUUGAUGUAAAACCCACACACACAUAUUAUUUGCCAAAGUUCAAUAAAGGAGGAAAACAAUG